AUGGACCGCAUUCCCAACAAGCUGCCCUUCACUAAGAAACGCCUGAGGCCACGAGUUGUGCUUUCAUAUAUUGCCGACUAUGUGAUACUUAUCGCCUGUAUCGCAGGAUUCUAUGUUCUCGACUCCAUUGAACCCUAUCACCAGCACUUCUCGCUACGCAAUAUCUCUAUUCAAUACCCCUAUGCGGUUCACGAGCGUGUCACGAUACAGGAAGCGCUCUGUAUUUCCGGAGUGGCGCCUUUACUCAUCAUUGCCGUCUAUACCCUCUUCAUAGAUGGACUCUUUUCCCACAAUAAACCACAAGAUCCAGUGUCCGGCAAGCGAAAGUUCAAUGGUCCAUAUCGCUGGAAAGAUCGAUUGUGGGAGCUUAACUGUGGAGUUCUGGGACUCCUGCUUUCUCAGGGUUUAACCUUCGUCAUUACGCAAGUCUUAAAGAAUGCCUGCGGCAAGCCUCGGCCUGAUUUCAUUGAUCGAUGCCAACCUCGGGCAGGAAGCCAGGAUGCUAUACCGGGCUUGUCGAAUUCUACAAUCUGUACAGGUGAACAUGCGCUCAUCAAAGAUGGGUUCCGUUCCUGGCCAUCAGGUCACAGUAGCUCAUCAUUUGCCGGAUUGUUCUAUUUGACGCUUUGGAUGAGUGGCAAGCUGCACAUAAUGGACAACAAAGGAGAGGUAUGGAAAGCACUCCUGGUCAUGAUCCCCAGCCUGGGAGCUACUCUUGUUGCAGUAAGUCGGAUCAUGGAUGCGAGACAUCAUCCUUUCGACGUUAUCACUGGAUCGCUUCUCGGGAUCAUCUGUGCCAUUAUCUCCUAUCACCAGUAUUUCCCUCCUCUCUCGCAACCAUGGAAGAAGGGCCGUGCACAUCCGAUCCGCAGCUGGGGCACGGAUCCACUACCUCCAAGCGACACAAUGGAGACGAUGAGGUUCGAAGGCAGCACUACAGCACUUCGUCACCCGGAAGAUGGCAGCCAGUUCAAAGCCAUGGCUGAUGAAAACAAUGGCGCGACAUACCAUCCAGCAUCCAAUCCCUAUGUGACAGACAUGUACACUCGUCGCUCGCAGGACGGGGAUGGAACCUGGUCCUCAUCUAGCGAGGAUGUUCACGCCAAUGGUUAUGAAAUGCAACGCGGUUAUACUCGAGCACGGAACCCAGGGUUGGGCGGAUCUGAUUCACACUACGAGUCUACAGCCUAUAACCCACCACAAUUACCACAGGCGACCACAUCGCUGCAUGCACCUACACGAGUGAUGACCGCUCAGCUUGAUCGUGGGCGGGAUCUGACUGAGAUGCAUCCGCGAGAAGUAUGA